AUGGUGCUCCAGAGCUUUCAGAAAUACGUUGAAUUUUGCUGCGGCAUCUUUGCGGAAACCGACCGCACGCACCCGCCGCGGGAAAUCGCCGAGCUCGACGCGGUGCACCAGUGCAUCACGCAAGUCGUGAUCCCGUACUGCCAAAGCGUCGACGGCGGUGACAGCAAGGCCAUUUUUUAACAACCAUCGCAGUAUAUAUAUAGGGUUAGGGAAUGUAGAUUGUGUAGCUAUAAUCGCAGCGACGCACCGGCGCCAAUGGCAGCGAUCGGGUCGGUGUCGAUGACGUCGUAUCAUUUUGUCGAC